AUGGCAACCAAAGCAUAUGACGCGUCUAAUCUGAAAGCAUAUGGCAGUGCUGCUGCUGGUCACGAUGGUGUCCUCAGCGACGAGUCUGGUGGUGUAGUAGUAAAGCCCUGCACCCUUGCAGAGAUCAACUUCUACGAGUCCCUCACCGAUCACCCGGACCUCGCGCGUCACCUCCCCACCUUCAUGGGCCAACUCUCCCUCUCAGCCGACCAAGCCGCCGCUACCGAGUCUGUCGAAAGCGGCACCAUACAAACGGCCGACGGUACAAUUGAGCGUUUGCAUGGCAAGAAACUCGCUACAGAUCUUCACAUCGUGCUAGAGAAUAUUACACAUGGGUUCAAGAAACCGAAUGUUCUGGAUCUGAAGCUUGGCGCGCAGCUGUGGGAUGAGGCUGCGAAGCCGGAGAAAAGGGCGCGUCUAGAUGCCGUAAGCAAGGAGACCACAAGCGGCAGUCUAGGGUUUAGGAUAGCGGGUAUGCGCACGUACAAGGGUAGUGAUGUACCCGACAUCCCCGAAGACUUGAAGAAGUAUGUGGAAACGGACAAGGAAGGCGGAUAUUGGGUGUACAACAAGAUGUAUGGACGCAAAUUCAGCGCUGAGAACGUGAGUGAAGGCUUCACAGACUACAUCUUCCCUGGCGCAAAGUCAGAAGCAGAGCUCGAUCGGGCGAGGGAGGUGCUUGCCUACUUUCUGGGGGAGGUCAAGGACAUCCAAGAGGUUUUCGAAAGCAAAGAGAGCAGGAUGUACAGCGCAAGCAUACUACUGGUAUAUGAGGGUGACGUAGACGAGUACGCAAAUACCAAGCAGAAGCUACGAUCUGCACAUCCGGAAGAUGAGGAUGAAGACGAUGAAGAGACUCUGCCUAAAUUGGCCGAAGUCAAGAUGAUUGACUUUGCGCACGCGACAUGGACACCGGGGCAAGGGCCGGAUGAGAAUGCGCUGCAAGGUAUGAGGAGCACGGCAAAGAUAUUGAAAGAGCUGUUGGACAAGGCGCAGCAUGACUAG